AUGACUCAAAAUACAAGUAAAGUGCUAGUUUUUGGAUCCUCAGAUGGGAACUUUAAAAAAAUUUUUGAAAAAACAUGCGACUUUCUUCCGGAAUUCAAUACAAACGACUCAGAGGUUAUAGAUCUAGUUGAAGGAAAGAUACAUAGAAAGUCAGGAACCAUAACAACAUCAAAGGGAAUUAAAAUAUCAUAUUUAGGAGGGAUGUAUAAAGAAAAUACAUUUUUCAAUGAAAUACCACAGCAAAACAUGGAAACAGAGCAAUACAUUUAUGAAAAUGAAGUAAAUUACAUUAUGAAGGAAGGAAAAAACACUGACAUUCUUAUUACAUAUGAAUGGCCUAAAGACAUCUAUAAAUUUUCAUCCAAAAAAUCAUCAAAAUUUGUUCCUGGGAUUCAACCUAUAGCCAAAAUAACAUCAUAUAUUCAGCCCAAAUAUCACUUUUCGUCAAAAGGUUCAAUAUUUUAUGAAAGAGAGCCUUACGAAAAUAUUUUUACUGAAGAUAAACAAGAAGCAAGUAUUACAAGAUUUAUAUCAUUAGCUUCAUUUAAUAACCCAAAUAAAGAAAGAUCGUCUUAUGCGUUUAAUAUUACAAAAUCAAAUCCGUACAAUAUGCUAAACACUUCAAAUAUAUCAAAUGUAACAGAGAAUCCUUUUAUGCAAGAAAUAAGCAUUAAUUCCAAAGAAACCAAACAUAAUUUUGAAGAAUCAAAACAUAACUUUUUCAGGGACAAAAAUGUAUCUUCUAAUAAUAAAAAACAAGAACAUAAUAUUAAAAUAUCUGUCGAAUCAUAUAAAUAUAUAAAUGAAGAAAAAAAUAAAGAAACAAACUCUCAAAUUUCAAAAAAUCAUGUCUAUAGCAUUUGCAAUAAGAUGAGCCAUUUAGAUAACUGUCCAAAAUUAAAAACAAAAAAAUCCACUAAAAAUGAUAUUCCAUCAAGCUAUACUUGUAAAAUAUGUUCUCAAAAAGGUCACUGGAUUCAGAAUUGUCCACAAAAAGAAAGUCGUAAUUUUCAAGAAACUAUUCAUAAUUAUCCUAACUUGGAAUUUUGUUUUUUUUGUCUUUCAAAUCCAAAAAUCGCUCGUCACUUAAUCAUCUCUAUAGGAUUAGAAGUAUAUCUUGCACUCCCUAAGGGACCUUUAACGACAACUUCAACAAAUCCAUCUACUCUUCCAUUUUCAGGACAUGUUUUAAUUAUUCCUAUUGCUCAUGUUCCUACAAUUAAUACUAUCGAAGAGAUAAACAGAAGUAAAACCAAAAAAGAAAUGGAAAGAUAUCGAAUAUCUAUUACCGAAAUGUUCAAAUCUAAAGGUUGUAACACUAUAACUUUUGAGAUAAGUAGAACAUCUGGAAUCCAUUUACACUGGCAAAUAAUUCCAAUAAAAAAUGAUUUCGCUGGUGAACUAGAAAAUGCUUUUAUUUCUUAUGGAAAUGAAAAGCAUUACACUUUCGAAAAAAGAAAUAUCAGAAAAGAAGAAGAAAAUUAUCUUCGCAUUUGGCUACCUAACGAAUCUAUUCUUGUGCAUAAAAUAAACCCUCAAAAAUAUUUUGAUUUUCAAUUUCCACGAUAUGUUAUAUCUCAAGUUCUUGGUGUAAAAGAAAGAAAAGAUUGGAAAAAUUGUAUUCAAACAAACGAAGAAGAAUGUCAAGAUGUUACUCAAUUUAAAGAAUAUUUUAAAAACUUCGAUUUUACUAUUUAA